CUCUGUACUAUACUCCACUGCGGACGUCGUUUAAGUAGGCUAUUCAGUCACGUGAACUUCCUCCCGCUGGCGGUCACUCUCCAUCCGGCGGUUCAAGCAGGGAAGCUCCAGCUCCACCGACACGAUGUUGGUCACGGCGGCAGUUGCCCUACUCCUCGUUGUCACAGUCCACGCAAAGAACUCGUACCUGAUCACAGCAUCGCAGCGGAUUACGCUGGGACGGCCGUUCGUCGUCAACGUCAACAUCCUAAACGCCAGUUCUCUCGUAGACGUUGAUAUCAGCAUCGUCCAUGCCUGGUACAACAAGACCGACUACGUGAAGACACCUAUCACCACCGUCACACGACGUUUCAGGCAGGAUGCGCCAGACACUGUUACACUGGUCGCGCCACAAGCAACUGUCAUUGGAAGUUACCUGCUGAAGGUGAAGGGGUCAGGGGGACUCAUCUUUGAGAGAGAGGAACGCCUCACUAUAGCCAGGAAGACCAUAUCAGUGUUCAUUCAAACCGACAAGGCCAUGUACAAGCCAGGACAGCGAGUUCAUUUCAGAGCCUUUGCCGUAUACCCAGAUAUGAAGGUGUACAAGGGCAAAAUAGAUGUCGACAUAUAUGAUCCACGAAACAACAGAAUUCGCCGCUGGGUGUCGCUGCAGGAUGGGUCGGGUGUCAACCACAGAGACAUAUUGCUCAGCGACCAGCCGGUUCUAGGGGACUGGAAGAUAGAAGUCACCGUUCCUGAGUUUGUGGGAUUAAACGAAAAGAAAACAUUCACAGUUCAACAAUAUGAGUUGCCAAAGUUUGAGGUGAAGGUGGAGUUGCCUCCCUUUGCUCUCACGACUAACACCGACCUUUCCGGAACCGUCAAAGCCAACUACACGUAUGGAAAAGGAGUCAAGGGCAUGGUGGAACUGAGGGUGUUUGUCGGCGCCAUCAGGAACUACUGCGGGAACUUCGCAAAAUCAGUUCUGAAGACGUUUCCAAUUGACGGCAGUGCCCGGUUCUCGGUGUCCAUGGGAGAGAUCAAGAAGCUGCAGUCGUACCUUAACCAGCAAACGGUGACUGUACUGGCAGAGGUCAAGGAGGACCUAACUGGGAAGACACUCAACGGCUCCUCAAACGUUGUCUACUACACCGACCCCUACAAGAUCAUCUUUCUGGAUUCCAGCCCCAGUAACUUCAAGCCGGGUCUACCUUAUAGGGCCUACGUGAAAGUGACCCAACAAGAUGACCGCCCCAUCUCUGAUACUGACACCUCGAUCCAGCUGUACACGUGCGUCAACUAUAGGCGAACGGAGGCCUAUCAGGAUCGCUAUGAGUGCAACGCUUUCACCGGCAGCUACUCCCUGCCAAUACUUAACCUCCUGAUACCUGAGAAUGGCAUUAUCCCUCUGGACCUUGAUAUACCGGACAAUACAACAGACGUUAAGAUGAGGGCUUACUACAAGAACAUCCACGCUUCCAAGUAUGUGUCCAAGAGUCAUUCAAGGAGCGAAACCUAUGUUCAAGUCAGGCUCCGCACAAUGAAUCUGAAAGCUGGUGACAACGCCGAGUUUGAAAUCCAGGCGACAUCUCCCCCUGGAAAGGUAGCAUACCAGAUUAUGUCUCGUGGGAUUGUGGUGAAGGGUGGAAUAGUACGCCCCAUCUCCACAGAAGACAAAUCUCUCAUUCUCAACGUUCCCGUCCUCGCCACGAUGUCUCCCACGGCACACAUCCUCGUUAAUUUCGUCACACCCGACGGGGAAAUCGUUGCUGACUCUAUCAGCUUCAACGUGGACGGAGUCUUCGCCAACAAAGUUGGUAUCGCCUACAGCACCAAGAAGGCGGAGCCCCACACGGAUGUGACAGUCGACAUCACGGCGGAUCCCCAAUCAUCUGCCUUCCUUUUGGCCGUGGACCAAAGCGUGCAGCUUCUCAAAACCGGAAAUGACAUCUCAACAGACCAGGUGAUGAAGGAACUCAGAGAGUAUGAUUACACCGCCCCAAGCGUUGACUUCUUAAGAUGGAGUUUCCCGGUUCCAACAUCCGGCACGAGUGCAACAGAAAUUUUCCAGAAAGCUGGAGUCGUUGUAAUCACUGAUGCAAAACUGCCCCGCGCAGAACGCGCACGCUCUUAUGGUGGAGGUUAUGAUGCUCACCCAAUUUCAUUUUCAUCUGGACCUAUGGGGUCACCACAACUUUUUGACAGUCCCCCUGCUGCCCCAAUGUCUAGAAAUAUGGUUGUACCCACUUCCCCUGUUCUGAAGAAGGUGGAGAGAGUAAGAGAGAUCUUCCCGGAGACGUGGUUGUGGCUGAAUACCACAGUCGGACCGGACGGGCGGGCAUCGAUCCAGACAACUGUCCCUGACACUAUUACAUCCUGGGUGGCCAGUGCCUUCGCCAUCAGCCCACGCUCCGGACUCGGAGUAACACCUACCUCGGCGAAGCUUCAAGUGUUCCGGUCCUUCUUCGUCAGUCUGAACCUGCCGCUGUCCGUGGUGCGCGGGGAGCAGGUGGUCCUCCAGGCCAACGUCUUCAACUACCUGCCCUCAGUGCAAGAGGUUACCGUUGAGCUGAAGAAAAACAGCGGUUUCCAGAGUAUCGUUAUUGGUUCUGAUGGUGAAGAAAACCUGACCUCUGAACCGCAGCUUCAGAGGUAUCUAGUCGGCCCUGGUGAAGCCAAAGCUGUGUACUUUCCAAUAAUUCCCUCAAUCAUUGGCGAUGUCGACAUCGAGGUCUCUGCCAGAACCCCAGCAGCAGCUGACGCCGUCAAGAGGCAACUGAGAGUAAAGGCAGAAGGUAUCCGCAAAGAACAGAACAUCCCUGUUCUCGUUGACCUGACAUCAGACAAAACGUUCUCCAAGACGAUUAAGGUUUCCUCUCCACCUGGACUUGUUGAGGGGUCUGAAAGAGUUCGGCUCACAGUGACCGGUGACCUGCUUGGCCCAAGCCUUGAUGGGAUGGAAAACCUCCUGUCCUUGCCAACUGGAUGUGGGGAACAGAACAUGCUGAAGUUUGCUCCCAAUAUCUACAUCGCCAACUACCUGAUGGCUACUAAACAGAUGACAAGGGAACUGGAGGAGAGGAUCAAGUCUUAUCUGGAAGUUGGAUACCAACGUCAACUGUCCUACCAGAGAAGUGACGGGUCAUUCAGUACUUUCGGAGAGCGAGACGAGGCCGGAAGUGUGUGGCUAACCUCUUUCGUGGUGAAGUCGCUUUUCCAGGCUCGCCAAUACAUCUACGUCGACAACUCCACCAUUGACAAAGCUCUCAGCUUUCUCGCAGACAUGCAGACGAGUGAUGGCGCUUUCGUAGAACCGGGCAGAGUUAUUGACAAACAGCUACAGGGUACCAAGGGCUCCGGACCAAGUCUCACUGCCUACGUGCUGAUUGCCCUUGUUGAGACUGCAGGACACAAUGGUUCACGGGUCAACAGCUCACGUCUCCAGGACAUACAGCAGAAAGCUAUGACGUACCUUGAGAGGCAGGACUUUCAGCAUUUGGCCCAAUACCCCCUGGCUAUCACCACAUAUGCCUUGUCUAAAGCCGGGAGCAGAUACUCUGGGAGAGCCUUCUACCAGCUCAAGAAAGUGGCUAAGAACAAGAAUGGUAAGAAGCAUUGGGAUGUGAAUACUGAUGCCAACGAGAAAAAGACCGAAGUGAAAUCUGAACCAAUCGACAUACUGACGACGGCCUACGGCCUAAUGACCUUCGUCUCCCGCAAUAAGUUCGGCCCUGGAAUGGGCAUUAUGCGCUGGCUGUCGGCACAGAGGAACCCAAGGGGUGGAUUUAUAUCCUCUCAGGAUACGACUGUGGCCCUCGAGGCUCUGACCCUGUUCAUGGUUGGCGCGCAACCUGACAACUACAACGUCAGACUCCAACUCACAGCCGGGGAUGAAGUCAGGACCAUCACCGUAAACAACAACAACGCCCUCGUCCUACAGAGCAUCGACCUUAUGUCCAUUCCUCCCGAGUUGAAGGUUUCCGCAGAAGGCACUGGGUUUGCUGUUGUUGAGCUGGGCCUGUUUUACAACAUAGAGUCUGUGGGUGACGCCAGCGACGUAUUUGAUGUCAGCACGGUGCUUCUCGACGACACCACCAACGGCUUUACUCUAAUGACAUGUGCUAAACAUCUCCAGGACGGUUCGAGUGGGAUGUGUGUUGAGACCAUCCAUAUUCCAUCCGGGUUUACAGCUGAUCUCUCCAGUGCAGGCAACAUAGCGGGACUUAAACGCCUAGAACAGACAGACGGUCAAGUCGUCGCCUACUUUGAUUCGGUUGGGAAGACCUCUACAUGCCUGAAGCUGUCUUGCUCCAGGACGAACUUGGUGGCCAAGAACAAACCUGCCUACAUUUCCAUGGUGGACUAUUACAAGCCGGAUGAUACCACUGUGGUCUCCUACCAUCCUCGUAGACUUCAGAAGUCAAGUGUCUGCGAGAUAUGUCCCCAGUGUUCCGGCUGUAGUCAACGGUCCUAGACAACGUGGACAAAUGGAGUCAACAGAUCAGCCUGACGUUUCAACAAUACACACAGCUUAUAACUGCUCUAGUGUCGAAAGUUGAAAUAUUACAGUGACAAUGUAUGAUGACAUUCCUGUGUAUUUUUAUAUCGGAAUAUACCUCCCAAUAACUGUAUCCCAACCUGCCUGAAGUUGACGCAGAGAUCCAGCAGAGCCCGUGCAAGGUUCUAUCUGGGAGAUGAUCGCAAUGACACUCUGGUGCGGGUUAACUAUGAAACAAAUAUGCCUGACGCUCAUACAAUAUUACAUCGGCCAAAUAUUUUAUAUUGAAAUAUAUUUUAUAGCUUAAUUGCAUAAUGCCCGUACACAAUUACGUAUGCCGAUUGCUUGCUCUAGAUUCAGUUCCAUAUACCAUUUCAAAAUCACUUGGUGUCUCUCACUAUGUUCACACGUCAGGGCAAAUAACCUGCCCAUUAAUGGAAAGCUGGAUACAUGGCUUGGACCGUGAAUAAAGUCUCAGCAGUGCUGUAUUUCUUUGGA